AUUAGAAUAGCCGCCUAUCAGACAAACGCAGAAGCUUAGAAUUAAUUUACUUUACUUUACUAAAAUAUUGAUAAAGAUUUUCACGUUCUUGAAGUAAGUGUUUUAAUAUAAUUGAAGAGUUAAUUUUUGUACAAUUUUUAAUAAAACUAUUUAACAUAGAUAAAAUAUAUUCUUGAGGUUAUCUAUUUACGAUCGCGGAACCCUUUCAAUGGCAACUAUAUUAAAAUCAUCUAAAUUGAUUUGUUACACAUUGCCCCGUAAUCGGUCUGCUUCGAAUCUUACAAGGUGUAUUCAAACAUUACAUAGGUGCAAUGUACCACUUCAAAGAUGUAUGAAUGAUUUUCUUCAUAGAAGAAAUGCAGUUAUUGGUACAGUUGUUGGUCAUGCUAGAAUGUAUGCUGCUCCAAAUGAAAAAAAAGUUUUUCAACGUGUAAAACCUCAUUGUAAUAUUGGUACAAUAGGGCAUGUAGACCAUGGCAAAACUACAUUAACAGCUGCUAUUACUAAAAUUUUGUCUUCAAAAAAGAUGGCAAAAAUGAAGCAAUAUGCAGACAUUGAUAAUGCACCUGAAGAAAAAGCUCGUGGAAUCACAAUUAAUGUUGCUCAUGUUGAGUAUGAAACAGAAGCAAGACAUUACAGCCAUACUGAUUGCCCUGGUCAUGCUGAUUAUAUUAAAAAUAUGAUCACAGGAACUAACCAAAUGGAUGGAGCUAUCUUAGUAGUAGCAGCUACAGAUGGUGCUAUGCCUCAAACAAGAGAACAUUUGUUGUUAGCUAAACAAAUUGGUAUUGGUCACAUCAUUGUUUUUAUUAACAAAGUUGAUGCAGCUGAUACUGAAAUGGUUGAGUUAGUUGAAAUGGAAAUUAGAGAAUUACUCACUGAAAUGGGUUUUGAUGGAGAAAAUUUACCAGUUAUCAAAGGAUCAGCUUUAUGUGCAUUGGAGGGACGAGAACCUGAAAUAGGUCAAAAAGCAAUUGAAACUCUAUUAGAUGAAGUCGAUAAAUAUGUACCACAACCUGUUCGAGACUUGGACAAGCCUUUUAUGCUACCAGUUGAGCAUGUAUAUUCUAUACCUGGUCGUGGUACUGUAGUUACUGGUAGAUUAGAACGAGGUAUUAUUAAAAAAGGAAAUGAAUGCGAAUUUGUGGGUUACAAUAAAGUUAUAAAGUCUACAAUUACUGGUAUUGAAAUGUUUCACAAAAUUUUAGAGGAAGCCCAAGCUGGAGAUCAACUUGGUGCUCUAAUUAAAGGUACUAAAAGAGAUGAUUUAAGGCGUGGAAUGGUAUUAGCAAAACCUGGUAGUGUAAAAAUGCAAGAUAAUGUAACUACUCAAAUUUACGUUUUGACUAAAGAUGAAGGAGGCAAUGGCAAACCUCUUAUACCUUACCAACAGCUACAAAUGUACUCUAAAACAUGGGAUUGUGCUGUUCAAUUAAAUGUUGUUGGAAAAGAAAUGGUCAUGCCAGGGGAAGAUUGCAGCAUCGAGUUGAAAAUGAUCAGACCAAUGGUCCUAGAACAAGGACAAAGAUUUACUUUACGUGUAGCUGGUCAAACUGUUGGCACUGGAGUUAUAACUGGAGUCAACAAAAGACUAUUAGAAGAAGAAAGAAGAAGUUUAACAGAAGGCAAAAAAGCAAGAGAAAAGAGGAAAGCUGCUGAAACAUCUGGAGCAUAAAUAAGACAAUUUUUUUCAGUGCUCUUAUUAACAGAAUGUAAAUAAAACUAGUGUGCUAUGAAUAGCCCAGGAUGGAUAUUAUUAUGAAUAAAAAACUUUAGUUUUUGUAUUUCUACGA